AUGGCGGACCGGGCGGAGAUGUUCUCGCUCUCCACCUUCCACUCGCUCUCCCCGCCGGGCUGCAGGCCACCCCAGGACAUCAGUCUGGAAGAGUUUGACGAUGAGGAUUUGUCUGAAAUUACCGAUGACUGCGGCAUUGGCCUCAACUACGACUCGGACCACUACGAGAAGGACUGCCUGGUGCUGGAGCGAUGCGAACAGCCCCACCCCAUCUGCUCCUUCCAGGACGAUUUCCAGGAAUUUGAGAUGAUUGACGACAAUGAGGAGGAGGAGGAAGAGGAGGAGGAAGGGACAGGGCUUGAGGAGGGUCCCCCCUCCCCUUCAGUCUCCCCAAUUCCUUCGCCCACCCCAGAGGAGACCCAGAAGCACCGCCCCACGACUCUCCACCUGACGACAACAGGCACACAGAAGGAAGCCCAGAACACUCGGGAGCCAGAAAGGCGGGUGCUCAGUCUGCGUGGCGAGCUCUGCCUCCGGGCCUCUCGCACCCACGGAUUGUGGCCCUGGGCCUGUGUCCAAUGCUUCACGUACCUGGAGACCAAGUCCUUUGAGAAAAGGCGGUCGGAGUUCGGUAUGAUUAGCCCGGAGAGCAGGACUGAGGAGUGGCCCCAACUGCUCUUGGGAGCCUUGCUUCAGGGCAGUAGUUUGGGCUGGUGUGGUGGAGUGCUGGGCCUGAGAGGACUGGCUCUGAGCCCCCACUCUGCCACGGAGACCCGCUGGGACUCCUUGAACAACAACAGCAGCCGCCGCAACCCAGCCCCCGCUCUCCAGCGGGCCACCUGGCAGGAGACGCUGCGCCUGGCCUCUCCCUCUUCCUCCUCCUCUUCCACAGCCCAUGCCGAGCGCGCCUCGCCCCCGCACGCGUGUCUCCAGGACGGGCCUUGCUCGGACGCGCGCGGCAGCCCCGGCCCCGAUCCGCCGCAGCCUCCGCGCCAGGCCGGCCUCUACGACGCCGAAGGCAACAGCCGCGCCGCCCAGGGGGCCCCGCCGCCCGCCCGCCGGGCAGAAGACCACAACCGGAACCUCGUCGCCGGCCGCGCGCCCCCCGAGGCGGCCGCGGGCCCGGAGCCGCUGGAGGCGCGCCCCCGCCCCGCCAGCCCGCGCCGCUCGCCGGCCACGGACAGCUACUGCGCCCGCUUCCAGAGGGACGCGGCGGCGGCGGCGGCGGGCCCGGCCGGGGGCUCCCCGCUCUCCCCCGAGGGCCGCCCGUCCGGCGCGCCGGCCAGCCCCGCCGGGGAGGCGGGCGAGGCGCUGAGCUCGGCGGGCGAGGGCGAGCGCGGCAGCCGGGCCGCCUCGUCGGCCACCACGUCGCCCUCGUCGGACCCGGGCAUCGAGGCCGACCUGACCAGCCGCACGUCCAAGGCCUUCCCGCCGGGCGGCCGGCGCGGCCACGAGCUCAGCUCGCCGGGCUCCGACUCGGACGUGGAGGGCGAGCUGGCGGCGGCCUUCGCCUGCGGCGGGGCGCGCCUGGCCGGCAACAUGAUCUCCAGCAUCUCGGAGACGGAGCUGGACCUGAGCAGCGAGAGCAGCAGCGGCCGCUCCUCCCACCUCACCAACUCCAUCGAGGAGGCCAGCUCGCCCGGUUCCGACGCCGACCCCGAGGCCGAGCUGGAGGCCGAGCGGGAGGCGCCGGCGGGGCGCGUGCGCGGCCUGAAGGACGCCCUGCUGCUCCCGCCCGGCGGCGCGCUCGGCCCGCCCGACGCCCCGCCGGAGCCCCGCCGCGGCCGGGAGAGCCUGCGCCGCUCCUUCUACCUGCCGGUGGGGCCGCAGCUGCUGCCCGCAGGCGGCGAGGGCGAGGAGGAGGAGGAGGCGGCCGACAGCGAGGAGUUCGACUCGGCCUCGGCCUCCGACUCGGAGCCCGACCUCAGCGAGGACUCGGACUCGCCCUGGCUGCUCAGCAACCUGGUGAACAAGAUGCUGUCGGAGGGCUCCUACCCGGUGCGCUGCGCAGAGGAGGGCUUCCCCGCGCCGCCCUCGCUGGCCGACACCAUCUCGCCCGCCUCCGACCUGGAGGCCGAGCUGCCCGCCGAGCCCGCCCAGGGCCGCGCCGCGCCGCGCAGCAUCGAGCUGGUCGACAUGGAGACGCUGCGCUGCGCCCUGCAGAGCCCCGCGCGGGCCGCCCAGGAGGAGGAGCCCGAGGCGCCCGAGGAGCGCGGCCCGGCCGCCCUGGCGCCCAAGGACCUCAUCGACGACGUGCGGUUAGCGCGGCCCGCCCAGGCGCCCGAGGACGCCGCCCCCACGGCGCAGACCAACCGCGGCUUCCGCCUGGCCUACUCGCCCGACGGCGAGGACGCGGGCAGCCCCCGGGCGCGCCUGCUGCCGCCGCUGGACGACUCGCUGGCCUACGACGCCGUCAAGUACACGCUGGUGGUGGACGAGAACACGCAGCUGGAGCUGGUCAGCCUCAAGCGCUGCACCUCCCUGCUCAGCGACGACGACGACGACGACGGCAGCUGCGGCAGCAGCAGCGGCGCCGAGGAGCUGCCCGGCCGCGCCGACGAGGCGGCCAGCGACCUGGAGGACGGCCCGCGCCGGCGCAGCGGCUCCUCCUCCGAGGACUCCUCGCCCGAGGCCGACCUGCACUUCUCGCGCAAGUUCCUCAACGUCUUCGUCAACAGCACCUCCCGCUCCUCCAGUACGGAGUCCUUCGGUCUCUUUUCUUGCAUGGUGAAUGGGGAGGAGAGGGAACAGACCCACCGAGCUGUCUUCAGGUUCAUCCCUCGCCAUGAAGAUGAACUCGAGCUGGAUGUGGAUGACCCCAUCCUGGUGGAGCUAGAGGAAGAUGACUACUGGUGCCGGGGCUACAACAUGCGCACGGGGGAGCGCGGCGUCUUCCCUGCCUUCUAUGCCCACGAAGUGGUGAGCCAGGCCAAGGAGGUGGCAGGCUUGAAGCGGAAUCCGUGCUGGCUGGAGCGUUUCAACGUGCAGUUCCUGGGGUCUGUGGAGGUCCCGUACCAUCAAGGGAACGGCAUCCUGUGUGCGGCCAUGCAGAAGAUCGCCACCACCCGCAAGCUGACGGUGCACCUGAGGCCUCCUGCCACCUGUGACUUGGAGAUCAGCCUGCAAGGCAUCAAGCUCAUUCUGAGCAUGAACGAGUACAGCCGGGACGAAGAGUUUGAACGCUGCAGCCAUUUCUUCCAGAUGAAGAACAUCUCCUUCUGUGGAUGCCAUCCACGCAACAGCUGCUAUUUCGGCUUCAUCACCAAACACCCCGUGCUGAGUCGCUUUGCCUGCCACGUCUUCGUUUCCCAGGAGUCCAUGCGGCAUGUUGCGGAGUGUGUUGGACGCGCUUUUCAGGAAUAUUAUCAGGAGCACCUGGAAUUUGCUUGCCCCACAGAAGACAUUUACCUGGAGUAG